UAAACCUCAGUCAACUCCAGACAAUCUCUAGCUCAGGAAUUGAAGGAGAACGGUGCGCGGAUUGUGACAGAGACUACGGGUAGCUAUCCUAUAUAUAUGCUUUCGAGCUGACCCAAUCUAUUAAAAGGAACUCUAGACUGACAUUGAUCUUGACUACGAAAAUGAACGUAAGAUAAAGAUCAUUCGCACAAGCUUCAUCUUUAAUCCGAUUUCAUAUCACCUGGAGCAAAGAUGUCUGCUGAAAAGAUCAACAACUAACCAGCACAUUUGAAACCUUCUUAAAACACUGAACUUUCAUAACAGACUGUAGAACUGUUUCUCUGUCGUUAAUUUCAACCUUUCAGUGCCUGAAAACAAUGGCUUCCUACAGCCCAGCACCCACAAAGGAGCAGUCUCUUGAAGUCUCUAAUGACAACCUAAAAACAAGUGGCUCUCAGGAGUCUAUGAAACUGAAAAAAGACAUUUCUUUGCUCAAUGGAGUGUGUCUCAUCGUGGGAAACAUGAUUGGCUCUGGAAUCUUCAUCUCACCAAAAGGGGUGUUGAUGUAUAGCGCCUCCUAUGGGUUAUCUCUGGUAGUGUGGACAGUUGGUGGGGUCUUCUCCAUAUUCGGUGCCCUUUGCUACGCUGAGCUUGGGACCACCAUCACCAAGUCGGGUGCCAGUUACGCCUACAUCCUGGAAGCCUUUGGAGGAUUUCUCGCAUUUAUCCGUCUAUGGACAUCCCUCCUUAUCAUCGAGCCCACCAGUCAGGCUGUGAUAGCCAUCACCUUCUCCAACUACAUGGUGCAGCCCAUUUUCCCAACGUGUUUAGCACCGUAUGUGGCCAAUCGCCUGCUAGCUGCAGCAUGCAUCUGUCUGCUAACUUUUGUCAACUGCGCCUAUGUUAAGUGGGGAACGCGGGUUCAGGACUUCUUCACGUACGCAAAGGUUAUCGCACUCAUCGCCGUCAUCAUCACUGGCCUGGUCAAGAUAUGCCAGGGUCACACACAGAAUUUUGAGGGUAUGUUCUCAGGUUCAUCUCAGGAUCCUGGUGAUGUGGCCUUGGCAUUGUAUUCUGCUCUUUUCUCCUAUUCUGGAUGGGACACUCUUAAUUUUGUCACUGAGGAAAUCAAGAACCCAGAGAGAAACCUACCUUUGGCAAUUGCUAUUUCAAUGCCUAUUGUCACAGUGAUCUACAUUCUAACCAACGUGGCGUAUUAUGCAGUGUUGCCCAUUCCUGCCAUUCUGGACAGUGAUGCUGUGGCUGUGACAUUUGCAGACCAGGUAUUUGGUAUUUUUAACUGGACAAUACCGCUUGCCGUCGCACUUUCCUGCUUUGGCGGUCUUAAUGCAUCUAUAUUGGCUGCUUCACGGCUGUUCUUUGUGGGCUCCAGAGAAGGCCAUCUGCCAGACUACUUGUGCAUGAUUCAUGUUAGCCGCUUCACCCCCAUCCCUGCCCUGCUCUUCAAUGGUGCAAUGGCUCUUGUUUAUCUGUGUGUAGAGGAUAUCUUUAAACUGAUCAACUACUACAGCUUCAGCUACUGGUUCUUUGUGGGUCUGUCUAUUUUGGGACAGCUGUACCUGCGAUGGAAACAACCUGACAGAAUACGACCGCUAAAGCUCAGUCUAUUCUUCCCAAUUAUGUUCUGCAUCUGCACAUUGUUUCUUGUGGUGGUGCCCUUAUACAGUGACACCAUCAACUCAUUAAUUGGCAUUGGCAUUGCCUUAUCUGGAGUGCCAGUCUACUUCCUGUGCUGCCAUCUACCUGCCUCCCGUAGGCCUAUGUGGCUCCGCAGGUUUAUUGCAUCUUCAGGUGUGGUCAUUCAGAAGGUGUGCUACUGUGUUCUCACAGAGAUGGACACAGAUGAUGAAAAAGCAAAGUAAGAGGAUGGUACAAUGACCAACUAUAUCUGGAGAACACCACACCCCAUUGAAAGAUGCCACAGUUGUGACGACCUCUAUUUAUGUUGGUUAACACAUUUGAGAUUUUAGAUCAAUCCGAUGUAGUGAAUCAAACCUUGAAGUAAAGUCCUUUAUAUUUAUUGAAAAUAUUUAUGUUGAAAAGAUGCUUUUAUUAAGUUUGUCACUGGUAUUAAAAUGAUAGGGACUAGUAAACGACCAACUCAAGAGGAAACUACCUUUAAACAUUAAAGUUGUUACAGGGCUUGGAGAGAUGAUGAAAUGCUAGUACUGAUAAAAGAUUAAAUACCAUGUGAAAUUUGUACCAGCUAGAUGAAAUGUGAAUGGUUUUGUAUAUGGAUAUCUUUUAGCUGACAAGAUUUCAAUUAAAUAUAAAUGUUUAUGCUUAUACACUAAAGAACUAAUAACACAACAUUGUUGGGAAAAUAAACGUGACAGCAUGUAUAAUAUUCAUGUUUGGAAUAUCAUAAGCAGUAUUUCUACAAAUAUUGAAAUGACUAGGACAGUGUUAUUGUGGAAGUGUGAUAACUCUGGUUGAAUAAGACAAAUCACCACAAUAAAGGAUAAUCAAUUAUU